CCUCCUCCUCACAUUUAACCGAGCACCUGCAGCGCACCAACUUGUCGUCACUUCUCAGAUGGCAUCAUUCCCACAGUUGUCCCUAUUGCUCCUCUUCUCCUCCUUCGCCCUGUUCUUCCGAGGAACCUCCGGCGACGACUCCGGUUGGCAGAGCGGGCACGCCACCUUCUACGGCGGCGGCGACGCGUCCGGUACCAUGGGGGGGGCCUGUGGGUACGGCGACCUCUACAGCCAAGGGUACGGGACGAACACCGCCGCCCUCAGCACGGCGCUGUUCGGUGACGGGGCCAGCUGCGGCGCCUGCUACGAGCUGCGGUGCGCCGACGACCCGCGGUGGUGCCUCCCGGGCUCGAUCGUGGUCACCGCCACCAACUUCUGCCCGCCCAACUACGCGCUCCCCAACGACAACGGCGGGUGGUGCAACCCCCCGCUGCAGCACUUCGACAUGGCCGAGCCCGCCUUCCUCCAGAUCGCCCAGUACCGCGCCGGCAUCGUGCCAGUGGCCUUCAGAAGAGUGGCGUGCAUGAAGAAGGGCGGGAUCAGGUUCACGAUCAACGGCCACUCCUACUUCAACCUGGUGCUGGUGACCAACGUGGCAGGCGCCGGCGACGUGCGCGCGGUAUCCAUCAAGGGUUCCGCCACCGGGUGGCAAGCGAUGUCGCGCAACUGGGGGCAGAACUGGCAGAGCAAUGCCUACCUCAACGGUCAGUCUCUCUCCUUCCAGGUGACCACCAGCGACGGCCGCACCGUCACUAGCUACGACGUCGCCCCAGCCGGCUGGCAGUUUGGCCAGACUUUCGAGGGCAGCCAAUUCUAGUUUUACCUCCUCAACCCAACCAUAUAUAUAUAUAUAUAUAUAUAUAUAU